UGGCAUUGCUCAAAACCCUAGCUUAUUGUCUGCACUGAACUUCAACAAUGGCCGCAGCAGCUCGCCCUCUGGUCUCUGUUCAAUCCAUGGAGGGCGACGCGGCGGCACCCACCAUCCCACUGCCUCAUGUGAUGAAGGCGUCAAUUCGACCCGACAUCGUCACCUUCGUUCACUCCAACAUUUCCCGAAACAGCCGCCAACCCUACGCCGUCAGCAGGCGCGCCGGCCACCAAACCUCCGCCGAGUCCUGGGGCACCGGCCGUGCAGUCUCCCGUAUCCCCCGAGUCCCCGGCGGCGGAACCCACCGCGCCGGCCAGGGAGCCUUCGGCAACAUGUGCCGCGGCGGUCGCAUGUUCGCUCCCACCAAGAUCUGGCGACGCUGGCACCGCAAGAUCAACGUCAACCAGAAGCGCUACGCCGUCGUCUCCGCCAUCGCCGCCUCCGCUAUCCCCUCACUCGUUCAGGCCCGCGGUCACAAAAUCGAGUCAGUCCCGGAGCUUCCUCUUGUAGUCAGUGACUCCAUGGAAGCAAUGGAGAAAAGCAAGGAAGCGGUGAAGGUUCUGAAGCAAAUUGGCGCUUUCCCAGACGCUGAGAAAGCGAAGGACAGCCAUGGCAUUCGAUCAGGGAAGGGGAAGAUGAGGAACCGAAGGUACAUUUCACGCAAGGGUCCUCUUAUUGUGUACGGAACUGAAGGAGCCAAAGCCGUGAAAGCUUUCAGGAACAUUCCAGGUGUUGAGGUGGCGAAUGUUGAGAGGCUGAACCUUCUGAAGUUGGCACCGGGUGGUCACCUUGGAAGGUUCAUUAUAUGGACUAAGUCUGCGUUUGAGAAACUUGACUCCAUAUAUGGGUCAUUCGAGAAGGCUUCUGAGAAGAAGAAUGGUUACCUGCUUCCCAGGUCAAAGAUGGUAAACUCGGACCUCGCCAGGAUCAUUAACUCUGAUGAGGUUCAGUCUGUGGUUAGGCCCAUUAACAAGGAGGUUAAGAGGGCUACACUCAAGAAGAACCCCCUCAAGAAUCUCAAUGUUAUGUUGAGGCUCAAUCCCUAUGCCAAAACAGCAAAGAGGAUGUCACUUCUCGCUGAGUCACAGCGCGUCAAAGCUAAGAAGGAGCUUCUCCACAAGAAGCGCAACACUGUCCCCAAGGAGGCUGCUGCUGCUACCAAGGCUGCUGGAAAAUCAUGGUAUCAAACCAUGGUCUCCGACUCUGACUAUGCUGAAUUUGACAACUUUUCUAAGUGGUUGGGUGUUUCCCAGUGAAAUCUGAGUAUCGUUUCGAUUUUGUUUUGUUACUCUGCUUUGCUUUGGAUUAUAAUUCUUUGCAGUUUUGAUACGCAAUUAUAUUGUGGGGGAGGAGAGCUUGCAGAAUACUAUGGCCUGUUUAGUUUUAGACUUUAGUAAACAUCUUACUUUUCAUUUUCAUAUUUUAAUGUUUUCUAAAGACAUGAUUGGUUU